AUGUCGAGCACCGUUUUGGCUGAGGUCGACUGGGAUGGCGGUUUUGCCAUACCUGUGGCUAAUGCUGCAAACAAGGCUCUGCAAGAGGAAGUUAUGUGGAAGGAAAAGGAGAAGAUUAGGGUGGAAAACGAACUUGAGAGACUGAAAGACAAAAAGCAAGCUUUGUCUGACCACUUGAAAAAUGCAAUUCAAGAGCUGCCCCGCACUGAGGGUCUGUGUCAGGCCAAGGAGAGCGAGACUGCCUCCGAGAAGCACCUCAAGGCUCUGUCUGAGCGCGAGGCUGGCUGUCUGCACAAGGAGCUGGCCAGGGUAGAGCGCGAGCUGGGACUCCUCAAAGAGAAGAAGAGCUCAGAAGAGAACGACAUGAGCAAGGCCAGCCAGAAGCUGGAGGAGCUGCGGAGCCAGCUGAACUGGGACCAACAGACCCUGGACGGCUGGCUGGAGGAGUCGGCUCUCCGGGAUGAGGACACCAUGGCCCUGGUCAAGUUCUCCCAGCAGGACGAGCGCAGGAUCAAGUCACUCACUUUGGCAAUAGAAAAGAAGACAGUGGAAGCCAACCAAAGACGCAAGGCACUGGACAAUGAACUGACAGAGACAGUGUCCGCACAGAUCGCUUUGGACAAGUCGGCAGAGAACUUCCGCCAGGCCCACCAGGAGAGGCAGGAGCUGCUGAGGCAGUGGGAGAACACCAUCAAGCAGAUGAAGAGGCGGGACACUGAGAUGCAGCAGUGCACGCUGCAACUGGCCGAGGUCAACCAGGAGGGGCGGGCGAGGUGCGCGGCGGUGAGGGAAAAGAGGGACUUCCUGCAGACUGAGGAGCACAACAACCGAGAGUGUGAGAGGAGGAUCUCCAGGGCAGAGCGCCAGGCCUCCGAGCUGAGGCAGGACCUCCAAGAGCAGGAGCUCCACCCUGGACAGUGUGAAGACCACUGUGGACAGAACGGCAACGGACGUGGAGUCGCUUCGGACACAGAUCACCAGUGUGAAGGAAGAAAUCCAGAACAAGACAGUCAAACUGUACAAGGCCGAGCUCCAAAAUGCCGCUCUAGAGGACAAGCUGAGCAAGGUGACCCAGACGGCCCUCAGCGUGGAGGAGAGAGCCCUGCAGUUGGACCAGCUGCUCAGAGACGAGGACCAGGUCACCAAGGAGCUGGACAUGCAGCUGCAGCACCACCGCGAGGCGCUGUUUGGCCAGAGGCAGAAUCUGCAGGCACUCAGGAGCAAGGAGAAGGACCUGACAGCCCAGAUACUGGGGAGCAAGGCAGCCCUGGCCAGCCUCAAAGGACACAUGGGCAAGCUGGACCAGAACCUCCUCAAACAGCAGGAGAUAAUUUACAACCAGAACAUCCAGAUCCAGCAGCUGGAGAGCAAGGUGGCCCGUCUGCUGGGGGAGGUCAACACAGAGGAGAAGCAGGCACUGGAGCAGGAGACGGCCCAGCUGACCAGUGCCCUGGAGCAGAGGACCCGGACCGCCCAGCUGCUCAGCAUCCAGCUCAAGGAGCUACAGGACGACAUCCGCUGUGUGAGGAAGGAGGCAGAGAGAACUGGAGCAGAGAACCGAGAGAUGACAACCAAGAUGGAGGAGCUGCAACUGUUCAACGACACCUCGGACAAGGAGCUGAAGAAGCUCAGGACGACCAAGCAGGACACCAUGGUGGAGGAGAACAUGGUGAAGCUUGCGCUGCGGCGCCUGAGGGACCUGCUGUACAACAGAGCGGAUGGCGUGCUGUCCAGGGAGAAGAGGAGGCUGCAGCUGCAGACGGCCAUGAAGGAGCGGGAGGAGGAGAUCAGAGUCCACCGCCAGAUGCUGGCCAAGGAGAUGAAUAUCGCCCAGAAGGAGAGACAGGAGCUCAGUGUGGAGGUGAACCAGAGGCUGUCCAAGGUCGACAUGAUGAAGAAGUGCUAUGAGGUCUUGACCAUCUCCAUGGUGACACCCGAAGGAGAGGAGGACAAAUCACAGGCUUACUACAUCAUAAAGGCAGCCCAGGAGAAGGAGGGGCUCCGGCGGAAGGGGGACGACCUGGACGCCAAGAUCCGCAAGAUGGAGACCGAGAUCCCAGCGCUGGACAACACCAUCCAGCUGGUCAACAACUGCAACUCGUCCUACCGCAAGUCC